CCUGAUCCCGCCCCGAGUCUUAUUUUGGCCGGCGGUCUUCCCUCCUCAGUCCAGGGGGGGAAAAACAAUUUGCUCGGUCUGGCAGUCCGGCUGCAUGCUCACGGUGGGCAGCCAAAGGUUAGGGAGGAAGACAAUCCUGGGCUUGGCGUGUAAAUGUGCAAGGGUGAGCAGAGGGAGGCUUUGGAGAUGCAUGAGGGUGGAUGAUCCGCGCGUGGGGGUAACCACAACGAGCAGAAUGGCUCGGCCGGCUUGUGUGGGGAAACCCCUGUACACCGGCCGUGCUUCAGCAGAGCUGCAUUCUCUGUUGGGGGCGCUCAGAGCCACGCGCGGCUGCACACCGGUUCUACACAAUACAAAUUUCUAUUUGCGGCGAUCGGAGUUUGAAAGGCGCAUAAUGCUUGUUCCUAAGGAAGGCGCUCGGGUGGGUGCGUCCGAGGCGCAGAAUUUCGUGAUUCCUCAAGGAUGACCUUUGCUGCAAAUUUCUAACCAAAAAUCUGUAUUUCUUUGCUACUCCCAAGCAAUUUCUGACUGUCCGCAUUGAGUAGGGGUGUAGUAUGUGCCACAUGGCACCAAUCUGGGGGGAUUGCCCCUCUCAAGAGGAAAGGCCUGGAGGUUGCAUUGAGGGAUGGCUCUACAGCUCCAGUAGAGGAGCACAAAAGGUGUCCCACUGCUAGCUGUGGUGUGCCCCCUCCAACUGUUUCAACAAAAUGCAUGCAACCCCGCCAAAUGUGCGGGGUGCAUGUGUAAUUCUUUGUGUCUGAUGGCUCCCCAACAAUCUAGGGGGUGCGAGGUAUGAAGUCCCACCAAGGCAUGAAAUGCUUGUGUCCCUCGACAGAAGGUAUAGCG